AUGAAUAAUACAGACCAACAGAUAUUAGGAAAUACCUCUCAUUACAAGUACCCUAUUCAUGAAUGGUCAAAUAUUCCGCUAUUUAGCAAUAUAUACAGUCCUCAUUUUUAUACACAGGAUUAUACUUGUUUGAAGAAAGGGUCCAAGGAAGCCCCAGGCAGUCUUAUUGUGGCUACUCGACUGGCCUUGUCUGAUAAUUCUGCCAAGCCCUAUGAGAUUAUGAUCACAUUUAGCAUUAAGAAAAAGUCAGAUACUUCAAAAAGUACUAGAAGAAAUGGUUUGGUGCUAGAAUCAAAUAUCUUGGAAGGACUUCAUGCGCCAAUAACUUUGAAAGCACUAGAGCCUUACAUUUAUGAUGAUUGUUUGAAUGUAGUCGUUUCUAUCGAUAAGUUGCCUCGUCUGUUAGGCAUGUUCGGCAAAUACCCUCCGGGUCAUGGUUUUCUUCUAGUCGUAUAUGACGAUUUACGUCCCAGCCCUAAUGUUAUCAUUCGCGUAUCCAAAGAUGAGAAAGAAACAGAAAAUGUCACCUCAGAGGCACAGAUAUAUUACAGCAACAAACAUAUACUCAUAAAAAACUCAGCUUGGUUUUCGAACAUGUUCCUUAGCGGUAUGAGAGAAUCUGAAGAUAGUAGAAUUACUAUCAGAGGAGUUGAUCCACAGAUAUUUGGUCGCAUUUUACACUUUAUCUAUACGCAAGAAAUUCCAAUCGAAAGCAUGAAAGAUUCUAUCGAUAUUAUUAAAGUAGCAGAUCGACUUCAAUUCGACAAAGUAAAUACCAAAGCAUUUAAUGUCUUAAAGGAUGGUAUUUCAAGGCAUAAUGUUCUAGAAACCUGGCGGUGCAAAUAUUUAAGAGUUCAAAAGAGAGCUUAUACCCCUAUUGAUCAAUAUGAAUACACUGAGAUUCAAGACCUUUGUUAUAAGUAUAUGAGAAGGUACUGUGGUGAUAUUCUUAAAUCUCCUGAGUGGCUUGAUACAGAUGGACAGCAAGCUACAAAGAUCCUUAAAAUCGAUUGCUUGGAUAUUCCCGUCGAUGAAACGAUUUUCUUUGAAGCUGUAAUAAAUUGGAGAAAGGCAAACAUCACUAGAGCAAACAGACUCUAUGAAGACAAUGUGUCUAAUUUGUGUUCUGAACCAUCGGCUGAUAACAAGGUGGUGUAUAACUGCGAAAAUGAAUUUCGGGGUGCUGAUUCCAAACUGCAGGAAAAGUUUCAUAAAAAGAAAGCAACUCUUUUAAAAGAGAUUGAUUAUUAUUUUGCUGAAAUGGUUCGGUCUGUACGCUUUACUCAGAUUAAAAAGGAAUAUCUAGCUGAGACAGUUCAACAAGAAUGCUCUGUGAGGGAUGUGUAUGGAUUACACUUUCUACUUAGAAUGGCUUAUAAGAAUUUGGCGUUCUCGAAAGGAAUAAAGCUUGAAAAAAACUAUGGACCAAGGUAA